GCAAGUCCUCUUCCGGGCAAAAUGGCGCUGGGCUUGAUGUGUGGGCGCCGGGAGCUUGUGUGCCUGCUACGGCUUCAGCGUCAGUUCCACAGUGUCCUAGGGUCCUCACAGUGGCCGCGGAAACCGCUGACCGAGGGGCUCCAGGUCCCAGGCCACCCAGACUGCAAGCAGCUUCGUUAUGUCCUCGUCACAACCUACAGCUCCCGCUGCCUCAGUACCUCUGCCAUUUCAUUUGCAGAAGCCCAGGUCCAGGCCCCUCCUAUUGUUCCUGCAACUCCCUCACCCACAGCAGUACCUGAAGUGGCUUCUGGAGGAACUACGGAUGUAAUCCAAGCUGUUGCCGAACAGAGCUUCACUGAACUGGGGCUAGGGUCAUAUACCCCAGUGGGAUUGAUCCAGAACCUCCUGGAAUUUAUGCAUGUUAACCUGGGCCUACCUUGGUGGGGGGCCAUUGCUGCAUGUACAGUCCUUGCCCGCUGCCUGGUUUUUCCUCUCAUCGUGAAGGGCCAGCGAGAGGCAGCCAAGAUUCACAACCACUUGCCAGAGAUCCAGAAGUUUUCCACUCGAAUCAGAGAAGCCAAGUUGGCAGGAGACCAUGUUGAGUUUUACAGGGCUUCCUCAGAAAUGACACUUUACCAGAAAAGGCACGAUAUUAAAUUCUUUAAACCUCUCAUUCUACCUCUGACUCAGGCACCAGUCUUCAUCUCCUUCUUCAUUGCCUUGAGAGAGAUGGCCAACCUUCCUGUGCCCAGUAUGCAGACAGGUGGCCUCUGGUGGUUCCAAGAUCUCACUGUAUCUGAUCCCAUCUAUGUGUUACCACUGGUAGUCACUGCUACAAUGUGGGGUGUCCUGGAGCUAGGUGCUGACACAGGUGUACAAAGUUCUGACCUUCAGUGGAUGAGAAAUGUUAUCAGAGUGAUGCCCCUGGCAGUCUUGCCCAUAACCAUCCACUUCCCCUCGGCAGUGUUCAUGUACUGGCUCUCCUCCAAUAUGUUUUCCCUGUGCCAAGUGGCCUGCCUCCGGAUUCCAGCUGUACGUACUAUACUUAAAAUACCCCAGCGUGUUGUGCAUGACCCUGACAAAUUACCUCCACGAGAAGGCUUCAUAAAGAGCUUCAAACAAGGCUGGAAAAAUGCUGAAAUUGCACAUCAGCUCCGCGAGCGUGAACGACGCAUGCAGAACCACUUAGAUCUAGCAGCCAGAGGGCCCUUACGGCAGACCUUUACCCACAACCCUCUGCUACAGCAUGAAAAGAAUUGCCCUCCCAAAACCCCCGUCAGUGGCAACACCAGUGAACCAAAGUCAAAGCAACCCUGGCGUGACACACUUGGCUGACUUGUGUUCCCUGCUCAUUCUGGCGGGAACUCUAUCUCCUCAAAGGCUCAAUACUGAAGACAGACUUGAUGCCAUGCCCUUGCCCCAGACCUAGGAACUGUGGGACAUGGAGAUGUUCAUUCAUUUUAAAAACUGAAUCCACUGCAGACUCUUAUUCCUGCAUAUAAAAGAGCACAGGGGAGCCAAGCAAUCUUCCUAUCCACAGGAUUAGGAAACCUCUGUACUACAUGCUGCUUCCUGAUACUUAUUAAACAAAGAAAUGGUUUGUGUACUUCAGAGAAAUGAAUAGGUUGGGUCAAGAUUGCUUUUGAUAGCCCAUACUCUUGGGAAGUGUCUGACUGUUUUAACCUGGCAUUAAGAGCUUACACCUCUACCCCAUAUGUGUGUUUCAUCCACAUUUGCAUUGUGGUCAUAGAGAAAUGACUGAUAAGAUUGUAUCUGAAAACAGUAACCACAUUUCUUGACCCUAAGAACCUA